UGACAAUCAGGAAAAUGAGAUGAGUUCGUGGGAACGUCACACUGAAUGGAACGUCGUCGCAUAGCGACCAAGUAAACAGUGUUUCUGUGGACAGCAAUGCCGCGGGGAUUCGGCUAUAAAGCAGAGAGCAGGAGAGUGACUCUAGCAGCAGUAGCACUACAGGACCAUAUCACACGAAGCGUUCCUAUUCAAAACAUUCCCCAUAACCUCUCCAUAUCAGUCACUUCUUGUCCCGCUGGUUGUGGGGCUGCACAUGUUAGAAGGAGGCACAAAAACCACAACACAAGGCAGAGAGUCAGAUAUCCUGAGCAGACACAAGGACAAGAGGAGAGAGAAUAUGUGCUGGAUCAUGCCCCUCCACCUCUGACUCUUGCCCAGAGGAUGGGUCUGGUGGCAGCUCCCUCAAGAAGACUAACAGCAGAGGAGUGGGCAGAGGUCAAAACCAGGUCCAUCCAGGAGGGAGACUCAACCCAGCCCUGUGUGAUAUGCAGGGAGGAGUUUCGUCUGCAACCACAGGUCCUACUCUCCUGUUCCCAUGUAUUUCACAAAGUGUGUCUGAAGUCUUUUGAGAAGUUCUCAGGCAGGAAGAGCUGCCCAAUGUGUAGGAAGGAGCAGUAUGAGACAAGGGUGAUCUAUGAUGGUGCUCGGCUCUAUCGAGAAAAGUGUGCUCUCAGAAUACAGGCUUUCUGGCGUGGCUACCUUGUUCGCAAAUGGUACAGCAACAUAAGGAAACACGUGCCUCCAAAAGACCAACAAUUAAGACGAAGAUUCUUUGAAAAAAAGUUUCAGGAGAUGAACGACAGAUUGGUGCAGUCAUGCAGCACAGACGUGGAAGCGUUCCUGAACGAUAUCGAUCGCUCUGUGGCCAUGAGCCACGACAUCCUGCGCCGCUUUGACGUCAAGUACACAAGUGUUUCUGAAAUGGAGGAUAAGGACUGGCUGGAAGCUCAAGAGAAGGCUGUCCAGCGAGGUGUUCAGGACUGCGCCAUUUGCCUGAACUGCUUAAGCUCACACAAUGGCUCAUCGAAGAAAGACAGAAAUAUCCUAUUAUUAUCCUGUUCCCAUAUCUUCCACGAACCCUGUCUGCAGGCCUUUGAGAUUUUCUGCCAGGAGGCGAAACCCAAAUGUCCUCUCUGCCGGUCACACUACGCUAAAAUGCUCGUUUCUAAUUGAAGCUCACUAUAAUUAUUACAUUGUCCUCCUGAUGUUCUAGUGUAUUUACUUAAUGUAACAAAUUAAACUUCCUCCACAACACA